CGGAAGUGAUACUUUGAAGCUUGGCGGUCCGUCAUACCGAUAGUCGCGUAUAGCGUAGAACUUUUGGAUACACGUCCAGUCAAGGAAAUAUUAGUUUUAUUGGAUCUAAUGUGUUUAUGUGUGAUUGAGUCGUGAUCAUAGCAUCUGGCUUAGAGUGAGUAAAGUUUGGUGACAAAGACUAUGAGCAAAAUCUCAGAAAAUGGUUCGAUGAAUUGGAAUCUGAUGACGAACAAAAAGACUCUUCUGAUUUAGAAGUUUCCAAUGACGAAACAUUGCAGGAAGAUGAAAUUAUAGAAGAUGACUGUUCUUCCACUUUUGAGCAAGAAUAUGUUUCUUCAGAUCAUGAAGAAGAGGACAGUGAAUUAGAAAUGGAGUCGGUAGACCAAGAUUCGAAUUCGAGCCGCGAUAAUGUGCAAAGUGAUCAUGUUACAGGUGUAGUCAGUUAUAAAGGUAAAAACGGUUAUAUUUGGAAGUCCGAAGAACCCAAUAAAGCUCUAAGAACGCCCAAACAUAACAUUAUAAUCAAAUUGCCCAGUCUUAAACCAGCAGCAAGUCGUUUGGGGAACAGUCCUGAUGUUGGUGAAAUUUGGAACCUUUUAUUCGACAACGAGACGCUAAAUGAAAUCGUAUUGCGAACAAAUGAAAAAUUGGAAAUAGUAAGAUCUACCCACAAGAGCUCUAAUACCACAGAUUACAAGAAUACUAACCUUAUUGAAAUAAGAGCUUUUAUCGGUCUUCUUAUGCUAACAUCUAUAUUCCGGUCGAACCAUGAAAAUAUGCAUUAUUUUCAAAUACGUGUACAGGCCAUCCCAUAUUCAGAGCAGUAAUUUCUUC